AUGGAAGACUUCAGAUCCAGAUCGUACGGUGACGGAAGAACAUCAGACCGAAGAUCAGACGGUCCAGGUUCAUUCGGCGUUAACGGUGGUAACGGUAUGCAAGAUCUCAGGUCUUACAGCACUUCCUACACCGAUUACCCGACCCGGAUACCGGAAGAAAACCCGAAUCCGAAGAAAGGAAGAUCUUCGUCUUCUUCAUCGUCUUCGUGGGGAUUUGUGGAUCCAGAUUUGCAGAGGAAGAAGAGAGUUGUGAGUUACAGAGCUUAUACUGUUGAAGGUAAGCUUAAGGGUUCUUUGAGGAAAAGCUUCAAGUGGAUCAAAGACAGAUGCAACAAAUUACUCAAUUAA